AUGGGCGCAAUUUCUGCAGCCGAUGAUGGGGAGGGCGUCAACUCACCUAGCGAGCAAUAUUAUGGGAACUCAUCCGCAGCGUCCUUCAUGCGAUUAGCGAGGGACUCGAUGCCUAUUCGAUCGUACAUGCAAGCAUUGAAAAACGCAGAUAACUCGAAUCCCAGUGCUCCAUCGUUUGACUCGGGCCUGUGGCGAGAUCUGAACCCGAGUGCUGCAAAUUCGGAAUUCCAAUUCAAUGACUUUUCGCUUCCUCCCCGGAACCUAGCAGACCAUUUGCUCGAGUGCUUCUGGGAAAGGUUCUACUGUCUAUAUCCCUUCUUUCAUCGUCCAAGCUUUGAACAGGCAUAUGAAAGCCUCUGGGGAGCAGCAAAAUGGCCUAGAACAGAACUACCAGAACUGAAUAUUGGGCUUGGAGGCUCAUAUGAUUCUGGGCCUCAGUCGAUUGUCUUUCAUUGUGCUCUGAAUGCAAUUUUCGCCCUUGGUUGCCACUUCUCAGAUAUUCCAAUACGAGAGCGCGAAGCUCAAGCGUAUUCCUUUUCCUUCGUGCAAACUCUUUUGAUUAUUGCGUUGCUGCUUCAAAGUACCCCCUAUUCGAACCGUUGUUGGAAUGCCAUCGGUCUUGCUUGUCGAGUGGCUCAGGGCCUUGGCUUACAUGAAGCAACUGCCCAGCGGAAUCAUAAGCCUCUCGAGCAGGAGAUUAGACGUCGGACCUGGUAUGGCUGCGUCAUGAUGGAUAUGAUUGUGAGCAUGACUUAUGGCAGACCCAGCAUGACAUCUCACAUAUCUCCUGUCCAUGCAGUCCCGCUUCCAGCAAUGCGUCCUAAAUCCCAGUCUGAGGAUCCUUGCGCACUUAGCGAGCAGCCAUGUGACCAUAGCCAAGGCCAGACAAUAUUCUAUGCUUCGACAAUUGAACUCUAUACUAUUCUCGAGUCGAUCCUCGCCGAUGUCUAUAAUGCCUGGCGAGGUCGCUCACACCAUAACCGCACCCCACCUAUCCAAGAAACCUCACCUACCAGUUUAGAUGUUGUCAUGGAGCUCGACAAUAAGCUCGCUAAUUUUGAAGCGAAUGUCCCAUCUGUCCUCAAUUGGACUAACUCUGACCCAUCCGAUGCUGAGUAUCAGCUACCAGUAUUCCGCCGACAGCGAAACGUGCUCCGUGCCAGAUUCAUUCACCUUCGACUCCUGUUGUACCGUCCCAUGUUUACCCAGCUCUGUUCGGAGGAGCGGACCGGACCUACGAAAGCCCCCAGCACAUCUUCACAGCAGACCUCCCGCACCAAGAAGAAUUUCAUUUACGAUUCUAUCUUGGUCAACUGUGCAGCGGCAUGCGUGAACGCCGCUAUCGACCUUGUCUCGCUCAUGCACGAGACUUAUCUCACAUCCCACACCGAUGCGUGGUGGUAUAAUGGAUUCUAUACAUCCACUGCCGGCUUCGUACUCAUCAUGUCAUAUUCCUGCCGCUCUAUCCUGAAGCAAAUAGACACCCAAGUCAUCGCAGAAACAUGGCGCAAGUGUGAGGAGGUCCUUACCCACAUGGCCGCAUUCAGUUUAUCUGCUCGCAACUCCCUGCAGUUUCUCCAGGUGACACACCAGCACAUUAUACAGAACUAUACCAAGCUAGAUGUUUGGGAUAGCGGAGAGCACCCGCCCGGAACUCCAAGUCAAAGACAUCGCAUGCAGCCCAGAGACCGGACUGCUGACCCCGCCGAAAUCACCGUGAAUCUGCCAGAAUCCCAAAAUAUGCAAGACUCCGAUGUUGGCGGUCGACCCAUGAACCCGUUCAUGAGUCUAGAUGAAAUGGACAUGCGGCAAGAGGAAUUCGGUUUCUUGGGUAGAUUCGACGUGCCCGACCUCGCGAGCUGGUUUCCCGAUCUCCCCGACGUAUCAGAGUAA